GCGUUCACUUCAUACCAAACUCAUUCCUGACAUUCCGCCUUUUCUCUGUCAAACAUCGAUUUUGUUCUUGGAGAUUCGGACUCCGGGUGGACUUCGGAACCAGCCGGGCGGGCGCGCGCGCGCGCGUGUGUGUGAGAGAGAGCGCGAGCGGACCCGAAGUUCUGCGGUGUGUUUGCGUGGGAGCCGGCAUCAUUGCGUCGGAGUGGAGUUGCCGCGGCAGCCCGGAUGGGGCACAGGAGGACAGCGGCGAUGGGGACGGUCUGGCAGAUGGAGCGGACCGGGGUUUGGACGGUGACCCCGAGGGCGUGUGGAGUCCAGACAUUGAGCAGAGCUUUCAAGAAGCUCUGGCCAUCUACCCUCCCUGUGGCCGGAGGAAGAUCAUCCUGUCAGACGAGGGGAAGAUGUACGGUCGCAAUGAGUUAAUCGCUCGCUACAUCAAGCUGCGGACGGGAAAGACUCGCACACGCAAACAGGUGUCUAGUCAUAUACAAGUUCUGGCCCGGAAGAGGGUACGAGAAUACCAGGCGAGCAUCAAGGUCUCUAGUCACCUGCAAGUCUUGGCCAAGAGAAAGUCUCGUGAGAUUCAGUCUAAGCUCAAGGACCAGGUCUCCAAAGACAAAGCUCUGCAGACGGUCGCCAAUCUGUCAUCGGCGCAGAUCGUGUCGGCCAGCGUGAUGAAACCGCAGACUCCUUUCCCUCCGCCUGUGCGGUUUUGGCCGGGUCCCGUGCCAGGACAGCCGGGACACUCUCAAGAUGUCAAGCCGUUUGCACAGCCGCCGUUCACAACGCUGGCAGCCCCGGUCCCUUCAGCCCUCACAGGCUAUGAACCCGUUCCUCCCCCUCGUCCUGCAGCCAUCACCGCCCCCGUGUGGCAGGACAGAACCAUCGCCUCGGCCAAACUGCGGCUUCUGGAAUUCUCUGCUUUCAUGGAGACUCAGCGGGACAGAGAGGCGUUCAAGCACCUUUUUGUUCACAUAAACCCGUCGAACCCGAGCUACAGUGACCCCAUCCUUGAGUCCAUAGACGUCAGGCAGAUCUACGACAAGUUCUCCGAGAAGAAGGGCGGCUUGAAGGAGCUGUAUGAGAAGGGUCCGCACAACGCCUUCUUCCUGGUCAAGUUUUGGGCCGAUCUAAGCAGCGAGGUUGAAGAAGGUUCCGGAGCUUUCUACGCGGUGAGCAGCCAAUACAGCGGGACGGAGAACAUCACCAUCAGCGUCUCCACCAAGGUUUGCUCGUUUGGCAAGCAGGUGGUGGAGAAAGUGGAGACGGAGUACGCCCACUUGGAAGGAGGCAAGUACAUGUUCCGCAUCAACCGCUCACCCAUGUGCGAGUACAUGAUCAACUUCAUCCACAAACUCAAACACUUGCCGGAGAAGUACAUGAUGAACAGCGUCUUGGAGAACUUCACCAUCCUGCAGGUGGUGUCCAACAGAGAGACUCAGGAGACCCUGCUCUGUGUGGCCUUUGUGUUCGAGGUCUCCACCAGCGAGCACGGAGCCCAGUACCACGUCUAUCGGCUGGUGAACGACUAGCAGGCGUCCUGCGCUGACAGACUCGGCUUUUUAUACACAGGUGAACAUAAGGACGCCGCGACACUGCUGCCCAACACCCUCAACUCAUUUGGACUUGUUAUGAAAAGGCCUCAUCCACACUGCAACGCUCCCCUUAGUUGUUUUGACAAUCAAGUUGUUUAGCUGGACAUCGCCAAUCGCAUAGUUACACUUCUGAGAAGCAACAUUUAGCAACAUUAACAUCUGAUUCUUGGUUCGGAGCGGAGCGGAGUGGUGUGGAUGGAGCCUGAGGGUGGGAGUGUCAGUGCAAAGACCUGGCAGCCUGGAUGCUAGAAACACUAGGGGGCGGUAGCGUGCAGCUCAGGUUUACAGUGCGUCUGUCACAUAGUUUAUUUUGGUCGUUUCUUAACACCAGCCUUUUUUUAUUUUAUUAAUACUAAACACUCAUCUUGGGUUUUGGGGUCAUUCAAGAGAAACAUUUGUGAGAUUUCAGAGGUAGUGAGUGGGAUGGACUUCAGUCAGUCAGUCAGUGAGGACCUGGGUUUCAGCUCCUCACUGAAGCUGCUGCUCAAUCCUGACGUGACUCCACGCUGACACGGCAGUAGUCAGGACAUCGGCGCCAGGAUCCGACUCAAGUGCACUCCCACCUUCUUGUGUGUUGUACUCUGUAUCUGACGAAGACAUGAUGGCGACUCAUCGUGUUUAAUACCUGGAUUCCACCUGGGGUGUGGCUGCGCCGCCCCCCUAGUGGCCAUUACUGUCCUCACUGAACCUCACAAGUCAAGUGGCGUCCCAGGCAGGAGGCGCCACCCUCGCUCGGGUCCACGCUCAGUCGGCGCUCUCGUGUUUCUACCCAACUGAGAAGUGGAGUCGGGCCUGAGGGAGCACUGAUGUAUAGGAUGUGUACACUACACCUGUAACGGUACUGUUCAUUCGCCAAGAGAACCCGGUCAUCGCCCUUUUGUAUUUACCCGCUGGGCGAGAGCUGUUACACUAAAUCUGUUUGCUUUGAGAUGUUUGGAGAGUCGGUACUGGGUCGCUCUUCCUUUCUGUCCAUCGAAUAAUCCCGAUGUGGACCAGGUGGUUGCUGCACUGCUGGAGCUGGAGUCUGUUCCCAGGGACCUGCUGUGAAACGAACAAAUUAAGGACAAAACGUCAUGCAGACAAUCUGGAGGUGGCCGUGUGUGUUGCCUUCAAGUGAGUUCAUCCCUCUGUAAUUCACUGUUGCUGGACGCCGCACUGGGUCAGUCUGCCACCCAGGAGUUCACCUUCGAAGCAUCAGCACUCACUCAACACAAAGCAAGGACGGCUGUCUUCUGUGCCCCCACAAGUUUACAGUCGAACACGCCCAGUGACACACCACCCACCAUGCACCGGGGCAACUGACCUGACGACACUAAGGCUGCGUCCACACUCUUGGUUUUCAUUUUCGAGCCUCACAAAUCUGCGUCCCUUCACUGACUGGUCACCCUGCCUGAUGAUCCGCAACCAAAUUCAAAUGAGAACCCAAGUGUGUGGAUCAACCCUGGCAUUAUACAACUGACUUUUUUUUUUUUUUUUUCUAAUUGUGUGUAUAAAAUUUUAUUCUGGUACACGUAACCGCUGGCGUUGUUUCUGACACUAUCUUCGCUAGUUUGCCUCGUCGCUCCGCCUGUCGAGUCCGAUCAGUGAAUUUGUGCCUUUUUGCCGUACUAAUAAUAAAAUCACGUGUUUGCAGA